AUGCCGGCGAAGCCAAUCCUCCACCCGUUGCAGACCCCUCGCACAAUGACCUUCCCCUCCGAACUUCAAGCGGACUCAGGAGCCAGUCUAUCCGGGGGAGGAGCAAGGAACAACAGUGACGACGGCCUGUCGACGCCCAUCACCCCACCCGCCGCCUACACCGAAUUCCUCAAGGCCCUCACCCCGAUCUUCUCCCCCGCCGACGGCAAUGGGGCCACCACGCGCUUCGUCUGGGACAAGGCCACGAAAACCCCGACAUCGCAGCCGGCCAGUGCGGUCAGCGGCUCUUUCAACUUCUCCGAUGCCACCAGACCCGCGACGGCGUCGCUGCCGCCGCCGACGCCUUACGGCACGGUGCCCCCGACCCGGCGGGACAUGAUGAACCUGCGCCGUCUGCGCAUUCCCCCGGCCAUGCGGUACUCGCCCACGUUGGAGACGCCCCGGAGCGCGAACUCGAUCUUGUCGCCCUACUCGCCGUCGGAUUGGAAGCUGCGGUAUUGGGAGGGCCCGCGGAGUGCGACCGCCAGCCGGGUGAGCGUGCGGCAUGUGGUCACCCAUACCGUGACAUAUAAGCGAACACAGCUGGAGGAUCCGCCGAAGGGGAAGCGGAGAAAGCAUAGUGAGGAGAAAGAUGCACUGUGA